AUGAAUCUGUCUCUCGUCGACCCCUUCGUCCUCGCGCAGGACUGCCCCGAUGUCAUCACCGGCCGUCUGCGCAGCGGCCACUCCACGUCCAUCCGCUUCAGCCAUCGCGGCGACCUGCUUGCCUCGGGACGUCACGAUGGCAUCGUCGUCAUCUUUGACAUUGAGACCAACGGCGUCGCCCGCAAACUGCGCGGCCACACGCGCCAGGUCCAGUCUCUGAGCUGGUCCACCAACGACCGCUACCUCCUCAGCGCUGGACAGGACUGGAAAUGCGUUCUCUGGGACCUGCAAGAUGGCUCCAGAGUGUGCACCGUCCGCUUCGAGGCAGCCAUCUUCAUCGCCGAGCUGCACCCCAAAAACCACAUGACGUUCGUCGCCGCCUUGUUCGAAGACCAGCCUAUCAUCGUCGACAUGACCGAGCAGGUCCCCGUGAAGCACCAGAUCCCCUCAGCGCCCCGCCGCUCCCAGGUCGAGCGCGACAAUGCAACAGAGAAGCAAGCUGCGCAAGACGCCAAACAGACCACCACGAUGACCCUCUUCACACCCUCUGGAAAGCACGUCAUUGCAGGGACAAACAAAGGGUGGAUAAACAUCAUCGACACAGAGACACACGAGGUCAAGUACUCGUAUAGAGUCACCAAUAACAUCAUCGUAUACAUUCGCCUUACACCGUCCGGGCGAGACAUCGUAGUCAAUGCAAGCGACAGGAUAGUACGGACGCUGCAUCUCCCAGACUUUAGCGACCCCAAACUCGACUUCGAUACGCUCCAGCUCGAAGUCGAGCACAGAUUCCAAGAUCUGGUGCAGAGACUGUCCUGGAACCAUGUCUCCUUUAGCCCAUCUGGCGAGUACGUCACGGCGUCAACUUGGAUGAACCAUCACAUAUACGUCUGGGAACGCGGGCAAGGCAGUCUGGUCAAGAUCCUGGAAGGCACAAAGGAAGAACUAUCAGUAGUAGAAUGGCAUCCUGUACGACCGUUCGUCGCAGCAGUCGGUGUCGACUCCGGUCGUGUCUGGCUCUGGUCCAUCCUGCAGCCCCAGCGCUGGUCGGCCCUUGCGCCCGAUUUCGUCGAAGUCGAAGAGAACGUCGAAUACAUCGAACGAGAAGACGAAUUCGACAUUCAACCGCUUGAAGAGUUACACAAGAGGCGACUUGACCAGGAAGAUGAAGAAGUCGACGUGCUUACAGUCGACGUCAAAGAACCAGCUGCCGAGUUCGGGACUAUGAAUGGCGAGUCGGAAUUCAUGAUGCCUGUAAUCCUGGAUAUCGAGAACAGUGAUAGUGAGGACGAGGUGGUCGCAAUUGGCGCUGGUCAGUUCAGACGCCGCAGCCCUGGUGCUGGACGAGAGUGGAUGAAUGACGAUGAGGUGGCCGUCAGUGGAGACGAACGCAGAGCUAACGGCACAGCAGUGCAGAACGGCACGAAGAGACGACGAGGUUGA